AUGAGCCUCGUCCCAGUAUCUGCCCUGGCGAAAUGCACCGCACCUCUCUCGCGCUCCCCAGGCUGCGUGCAGCCGCCAGGCGGCACUGUCGUGCUCGCUGCCUACGAGCGAAAGGCACCGGUGGUAACGUUUGUGCGCACACGGCGGACAAAACCAACACGCACUUCGAGGUCGACCAGAGCCCUGAUGAAUCUGGCGCACACCGCCGGCGACAUCUGCAACUCUAGCACCGCGUCGUGUCCCGAGAACGUGCUAGGGUCGUAUAUGAAUCAGACAGCGUUUCCUGCCAAGGCGCUGGACGACGCAAAGCCGAUCGAGCAGGCGGGGCUCGUCGACGUAAUCGUCAUCCCAGUGGCGGGUGUCGGUGGCCUCCCAGGUUCAGGAGCUGCUGCUGCCGACGCGUCUGCGAAGUCUCCCUGCCGAUCCUGA